UCUAUUCUCAUUCCUCAUCCAUCAUUUCAACGAAUAAUCGCAAGACUCACGCCUCUUCUUCUCGACCAUUCUUCCCCACACAAAAAGGAAAAACCUCGAAUAACGCCAAACACUCUCACUUCUCUUUUUUAGACUAAAAAAAAAGCCACUACUUUGUUCACCACUGCUCACAAAUCACAAUGGCUUUCACAGAGUUCAGGCCUCUGGACGAGAAGUCUCUGAUCGAGUACAUAAAAACCGUGCCCGCUCUGCACUCUAAGCUCGGUAACAACCUCGACGACAUCAAGGUUAAGGAGGUCGGAGAUGGCAACCUUAAUUUCGUCUUCAUCAUCGUUGGCCCUGAUGGAUCUUUCGUCAUCAAGCAGGCUCUUCCGUACAUACGUUGUAUAGGGGAAUCAUGGCCGAUGACUAAGGAAAGGGCAUAUUUUGAGGCGGUGGCACUGAGAGAGGAAGCUCGCUUGAGUCCUGAGCAUGUCCCUGAAGUUUAUCAUUUUGAUCGUACUAUGUCUUUGAUUGGCAUGCGUUACUUAGAGCCUCCGCAUAUAAUUCUGAGGAAAGGGUUGAUUGCCGGAAUUGAAUACCCCUUGCUGGCAGAACACAUUUCAGAAUUCAUGGCAAGGACACUUUAUUUCACAUCCCUCCUUCAUCGUUCCACCACGGAGCACAAACGUGCUGUUGCCGAAUUUUGUGGGAAUGUGGAAUUAUGCAGGCUCACUGAGCAGGUUGUUUUUUCUGACCCUUACAAAGUUUCUGAGUAUAACCGUUGGACUUCCCCUUUUCUUGAUCUUGAAGCUGAGGCUAUUCGAAAGGACAAUAUUUUGAAGCUUGAGGUUGCAGAAUUGAAAUCUAAGUUCUGUGAGAGAGCCCAGGCUCUUAUACAUGGAGAUCUCCACACUGGUUCUGUAAUGGUUACUCGUGAGUCAACUCAAGUUAUAGAUCCAGAAUUUGCAUUUUAUGGGCCUAUGGGUUUUGACAUUGGAGCAUUUCUUGGAAACUUGAUUUUGGCUUUCUUUGCACAAGAUGGACAUGCUGAUCAAGCGAAUGACAGAAAAAAAUAUAAGGAGUGGAUUUUGAGGACAAUUGAAGAGACUUGGAAUCUUUUCCGCAAGAAAUUCAUUGCACUUUGGGAUGAGCACAAGGAUGGUUCUGGUGAGGCAUAUCUUCCUGCAAUAUAUAACAAUCCUGAGCUUCAGCAGCUUGUACAAGAGAAAUUUAUGGAUGAUCUGUUCCAUGACACCCUUGGAUUUGGUGCUGCCAAAAUGAUAAGGAGAAUUGUUGGUGUGGCACAUGUUGAGGAUUUUGAAUCAAUCACUGAUGCUAGCAGACGAGCAGAUUGUGAACUCCGGGCCCUUGAAGUGGCAAAGUUGCUUCUCAAGGAAAGGAGAAAAUUCCAUGCCAUUACUGAAGUUAUUUCAGCCAUGCAAAAAUUCCAGUCAUAACUAAGUUUUUGGUAAAAUGAUAGUUUGCUUGAAUGUUGGGGUUUUCCAGACAAGAAUUUCCAGAUAUUUGUAGAAUGAAUUGUUACUAUGUGUAUUGUAAUGUCAACAUUAAGACAAAGUAAUAAGAUUUCCUUUUUUGCUGUUAUUUUGGUUGCUUCAUUGCUGUGAACUGUGAUUGCCGAAGGUGCUUGCUUGUUAUUAAUAUGAUUCUAUCAUUUAAGUGA